CACGCCACAACUCAAUUUUCAAAUUUCAAAGAGGAGGAGCCUGGAUUAGUGAGUGACUGUUGCAACAUGGCAGACAAAGUGAAAGAGUUUUUUCAGAAGAAAAAACUAGAUUAUAAGUUUUCUAAAGCUGGAACUGGCCAUACUCUUCAUGAAGAAAAGUCUAAGCCUCUUGACAUGAAAGAUGAGUAUAAUAAGCCACCACCAAAAAGGCAAGCUCAGUCUAGUGCAUCAGCAACUGCUGGAGCUGCUGCUGUAAGUAGAUUAGAAAAAGGAGGACCUGUUGUAAAGUCAUCAAGGGAAUUAUACAAAGACUAUGCUGCAAUGUCCCAAGAAUCUAAGGCUUCUGCAACUUCCAGUUCACAUUCUCCAAUUGUAACUACAGAAAUCAUUAUCAACUUUUGCUGUGCUAUAUGCAAGAAAAAAAUUCCUGAAAACCAAAUUCAUUGUCACAUUCAACUUUGCCUGCAAGAGGAAUACAUAAAAGAGCCACUGUCUUCUUCUGUACACAUGAUACAUACCUUGUGUAGAAAUGAAGAGCAAAAGAAGCUCUGUAUUGACACCAUCAGUCGUUAUCUUGAUAACAUAAUAAAUAAUCCAACAGAAGUAAAGUUUAGAAAGAUUCGGGUUCACAAUAAGAAUUUUCAAGAAAAGGUAUUGUGUGUAAUAGGAAGUGACCUAUUCUUAAAAGCUAUUGGAUUUCAACUAAAAGUAUUACCUUUUGAAGAUGGCGAAACUAGCUUUUUUGUUCUUUCAGAGGAUGUAGCUACCAAGACGGAAGAAUUGACAGCUUUCAAGCAGCUACUUGUGUCAGCAUCUCCACUUAAAUCCGAGUUAGACAGAAAUUCACAGCUCUUUAUAGCAACAAGUAAACUAAAUCAGUUUGAUUUACCAGACUCAUUUUACAACAUGUCCAUUGAAGAAAUAAAGAAAGAGCAAAAACUUAAAUCAGCAGCUUUGGAAAAGGAAUCCAUGUUACGAACAAAAGCAAUGAGAGAAAGAGAUGAAAUUAAAAGUGCCAUGCGAUAUUACAAAUUUGUAGUGAUAAGAAUCCGAUUCCCAGAAGGAGUGAUAUUACAAGGUAUUUUUUGGCCAUUUGAUAAGUUCUCAGAAGUCAGGCAAUUUGUGCUUCACCAUCUUAUUGAUCCAACAAGAUUAUAUAGUUUGACAUUUUUGCAAAAAAUUGUUUCAGAUGAUGCUGCAAGCCUCGCUCAACUGGGAAUGGCACCAGCUGCUGUUCUUAACUUAUCAUGGACUGAUAAAAUUUCAUGUGGUGAUAAAUAUGAUCUCAUUUUAAAGCCAGAUAUUGUACAAACAAUCAAAGAAUUAUGACAAUAAUGUGACAUGUUGGGUGUGUUGCAAAUUAUUGUUAUUAUUGUAGAGUAUAUGUCUUUUGCCACUGUUGAAUAGAUUGCUUACAUUUCAA